AUGGAGGAAGAUAGGGAAGGCUAUGCACAGAUAUGCAAAGAAAAGGGAGAAGAAAAAUUGCCUGCAUGUGCUUACCCCCUCUGGUUACAAAUCAGAGAGAUCUUAUCAAGAACUUCUGACUUAGAAGGACUGGAGGAAGAAAUAGCCUCCCUCAAGGGCAAUAAGCUGCCUAAGCAGUAUGGCACCACUAAUAGCAAGAGAACUGUCAUUGGGGCUGGAAUAGAGGAUGAUGAGGAUGGAGAUGAUUGGGACUUAGCCGAGGAAAUGGCUAAGCAAGAUCUGGAGGAUGACUUUAGGGAUCGUCAGCGAUACCCUCCUAUGACUGCUUUCCCUGUUAAAACAGGGCCUAGGCCUGUGCCUGCACCUAGGAAAAGACCACCCAUGCCUCUGUUUGGUUUUCGGGGAGCGAUGGAUGAGGCACGCAGGACGGGGCAUACUACCUUCACCCUGCCGGUUGCAGAGACUUUUGAUGGAGAAGAGCCGCAGUGGGAACCGCUACCAUUAAAAACGUUAAAAGAAUUACAGGCCGUGGUUAAGUCCGUGGGCCCUUCAGCUCCAUACACCAUACAAGUAGUAGAUAUGGUUGCUAGCUUGUGGUUAACACCUUAUGAUUGACAUCAAACUGCUAGGGCUGUAUUGUCUCCUGGGGAUUAUAUUCUCUGGAGGACUGAUUACGAAGACAGAUCAAAAGAAACAAUAAUAACUAUGACUAAAAAGAAAGGCACAAAACCAACCAUGGAUAUGUUACUAGGGACAGGUAAAUAUGCAACGCCUCAGUCUCAGUCUGCUUUGCCUCGUGAUGUCUUGGAGGCUAUUACUAGCAAUGCAGUCGCUGCUUGGCGUUGCAUUUCGCCUCCUGGGAAAAAGAGCAUGGUGUUAUUAGGGAUUAUACAAGGGAAUAAAGAAACAUAUCAAGCCUUUAUCUCUAGACUUGAGGAAGCAAUACAUAGAAUGCUUCCCCCUUCAGAGGGGACGGACAUGCUUCUAAAACAGUUAGCCUGGGAAAAUGCCAAUACCCUUUGUAAAGACUUAAUUAGGCCCGUCAGGAAGACAGGCUCAUUACAGGAUUAUAUAAAAGCAUGCAUGGAUGCCUCACCAGCCGUAGUGCAAGGAAUGGCCUACGCUGCAGCAAUGAAAGGACAAUGA